CUUUUCCAGUGCCCGCCAAUUGACCUGAUCCCAUCCGCGGGAACUCCAUACUCGUUCAAUUCGCUUUCAGCUUUUCAAGCUGCAAGCCGUACUUUUACUUGUUGCUGUUCCCGUUUCAAAUCACAUUUUUCCGUCUGAAUUGUUAAUUGUCGAUAAAAUUGUGUGUUUUGUGUUGAAUGUUCCUGGCCGAGCACCAGCUGCCCCCCAGUGAGACACGGAUCCGGUCAGAGAGCCAGAAGAUGACCGCCGGCCGGCGAGGCCUCAACCUAACCUCGCAGACACGCGCUCGCCCUUCAAGUGGAGCCCAUGAUCCAGGAAUUGGCAACCACCGAAACCGGAUGGAUCCAAACGAUGGACUCGCAUCUCUUCGAACUGUGGCGCGCCACGUGGCUAUCGCGCUGCUCCUGCUCGUAAUCCUAAACGGUGUGACUGCGGCCCUCCCUCCGAAGUGCAAAGUGGGAAAUGGAGAGUUCCAGUGCAAGGACGGCGGCUGCAUCUUACAAGCGAAGAUGUGCGACGGACACGGCGACUGCAAGGACGGCUCGGAUGAAUUGGACUGCGACUACCGAAUGUGCCGAGCGCCACAUUGGUUCCCGUGUGCCCAGCCACACGGAGCCUGCCUGGCAGCGGAACUAAUGUGCAACGGCAUCUCCAACUGCCCCGGCGGCGAGGACGAGCUGAACUGCCCGGUCCGCUCCGGGUUCCGAUUUGGGGACACCCACCGCAAGCGCAACUGCAGCGAUUACGAGUUUAUGUGCCAGCAGGAUCGCACCUGCAUCCCGGCCGAGUUCAUGUGCGACGGACGGCCGGAGUGUGCGGACAAGUCGGACGAGGUGGCCGGGUGCACGCAAGCGGCGGCCAACUGCUCCUCCUCUGAGGGCUACCUCUGCGCCAACGGACGUUGCCUGCGCCGGACACAGUGGCUCUGCGAUGGCGUCGACGACUGCGGCGAUGGAAGCGACGAAAGAGGAUGCGCUAACCUGUGCCAACCCCAGAUGGGCAAAUUCCUGUGCCGUGACCGCGAAUCCUGCCUGCCCCUGAGCCAAGUGUGCGAUGGCCACAGCGACUGUUCCGACGGCAGCGAUGAGUCGGAAAGCUGCCACUCCAAGCCGGACUGCGAGGCCAAGAAGUGUGCGCCUGGGGCCGAGUGCCACAUGAUGCCGGCCGGAGGAGCCGAGUGCCACUGUCCGGCGGGAUUCCGGCGGGCCAAGUUUGAGGACAGGUGCGUGGACAUUGACGAGUGCCAGGAGCGAGAUGAUCUGUGUAGCCAGGGAUGCGAAAACACGUCGGGAGGAUAUCGAUGCCUCUGCGAUGAGGGCUAUCUGCUGGCCAACGAUAAUCGCACCUGUCGCGCCAUCAUUCACGACUCCGCGGAUCAGCAGCCCCUCCUACUGUACACCACCCAGAUGACCGUGAUGGGAAUGCACCUGCACGAGGACAACGUACGCAACCAUGUCUAUCAGGUGGCCGGAAAUCUGAGCAAGGUGAUUGGCGUGGCCUACGACGGCAGCCAUAUCUACUGGACCAACAUCCAGAACGAGGGGGAAAGCAUUGUGAAGGCCAGCGGCGAUGGUUCGCAUGCGGAGAUCCUACUGACCUCCGGCCUGGACGCCCCGGAAGACCUGGCCGUGGACUGGCUUACUCAGAACAUCUACUUUUCGGACAACAUAAUGCGGCACAUAGCCGUCUGCUCGAACGAUGGCCUCAACUGUGUCGUGCUGGUCACCCAGGAUGUUCAUCAGCCGCGAUCCUUGGCGCUGUGGCCACAGCGGGGUUUGAUGUUCUGGACGGAUUGGGGUGCUAAGCCCAUGAUAGCCCGUGCCUCCAUGGAUGGCACUCGAUCCCGACCGAUUGUUAGCGACAAUAUCCAUUGGCCCAAUGGCAUUGCGUUGGAUAUGCACCAGCAAAGGAUCUACUGGGUGGAUGCCAAGCUAGGGAGUGUCCAAACGGUGCGUCCCGACGGCACAGGACGACGUACGGUGCUGGACGGGAUGCUGAAGCAUCCGUAUGGCCUGGCCAUAUUCGAGGAUCAGCUGUAUUGGUCGGACUGGGCCACGAAGAGCGUGCACGCGUGCCACAAGUUCUCCGGCAAGGGUCACCGUAUCCUGGCGAAGGACCGCACCAUCUAUGCCGUCCACAUCUACCAUCCGGCCAAGCAGCCGGAUUCCAUUCAUGGCUGUGCAAAGGCCAGGUGCUCGCACAUGUGCCUCCUCGCCGAACCGGAAGUAGGUGGCCACAGUUGCGCCUGUCCGGAUGGGAUGCGACUGGCGCCGGAUCAGCAGCGCUGCACCCUGACGGAGAAGCGCCAGCGGCUGUUUGUGGGCCUGGGACAGGUGCUGCUGGAGAUCGAGCACACCGCCUUCGGGCGCCAUGUGGUGAGCAAGUCGCACACGCUGCCCUGCGCCAUCAACGAAAUGGUCUACAACCGGAUCAACGGCAGCCUCAUCAUAGCCGACAAUGACCAGCGAUUGAUCCUGGAGUUUCAGCCAGAGCAGCAGGAGACCAGCGUCCUGGUGCGCUCCAAUCUGGGCAACGUGAGUGCCCUGGCCUUGGACCAUCUCAGCCUAAAUCUGUACUGGGCGGACGUGGAGCGCGGUGUCAUCGAGCUGCUCUCCCUGCAGACGGGCCAUCGCGCCCUCAUUCGCUUCUUCCCGGGCCAGGAGGUGCCCAUCGGACUCAGUGUCAUGCCCGCGGAGGGCUAUCUGUAUGUGGUGCUCAAGGCCAGGCGGCACAGCCACAUCGACAGGAUACCGCUGAGCGGAAGGGGCGAGCAGGUGCACGUCUUCGAGGACGAUCUGGGCGAUGAUGACAUCAAGUUGACAGCCGACCACGAUACCCACACGCUCUUCUGGUCGGACAGCGACCUGGGCAGGAUUAGCUACUCGGACUACCGACAGCCGCACGGCCAAACCUUCCGAGGCAAGCUGAGGCGACCGUACAGUUUGGCCCUGGUGCAGCAGGAUCUGUUCUGGAGCGAGUUGGGCUCCCCGGGCGUUUACUGGACGCACAAGAGCAACAUGGGUCCGCGGAAGAGGAUCGACAUCGAGGCUAAGGGUGAUCCCGGUGCCAUCCUGCCUUUCGUGCCCAUUGCCGCGCCCGCCCGAAUUCCGCUGGCCGCCAGUGCGCCGGUCAGCCGGGAAACGCAUCCCUGCCAGCACCUGAACGGCGGCUGCUCGCACAUCUGCGUCGGUGAGGGUCCCUUCCACGCCGUCUGCUUGUGUCCGCCCGGAUUCGUCUACCGGGACGCGGGCAAUCGCACCUGCCUGGAGGCCCUGGACUGCGAGUUCCGGUGCCGCAGCGGCGAGUGCCUCACAAUGGCCCAUCGCUGCAACGGGCGACGUGACUGCGUGGACGACUCGGACGAGAUGGACUGCGACGAGGAGCACCGACGCAAGCCGAAGGUCCUCUGCUCGCCCAGGCAGUUCCCCUGCCACAGCGGGGAUCAGUGCGUGGACAAGCAGCAACGCUGCGAUGAGCACAAGGACUGCCACGACAACUCGGAUGAGCAGCACUGCGAAAAGUUUGACAAGACGAAGAAGUGCCAUGUCCACCAGCACGCGUGCGACAACGGCAAGUGCGUGGACUCGAGCCUGGUGUGCGAUGGAACCAACGACUGCGGCGACAACUCCGACGAGGCCAUGUGCGAGGCGCCCUCGGGAUGUGAGCCGGGGAUGUUCCAGUGCAGCAGCGGGUCCUGCAUCGCGGGCAGCUGGGAGUGCGACGGACGGAUCGACUGCAGCGACGGGUCGGACGAGCACGACAAGUGCGGCCACCGCAGCUGUCCGCCGGACAUGCACCGCUGCCUACUAGGCCAGUGUUUGGACCGGAGUCUGGUGUGCGAUGGCCACAACGACUGCGGCGACAGAUCGGACGAGCUGAACUGCGGACCGGGAUCCACGGCGUCCAAUAUAACCUGCGCCGAUGAGCAGUUCCAGUGCUCGAGCAAUCAGAAGCUCUGCCUGCCAUCUGUCGCAAGGUGCAACGGCACGGCCGAGUGUCCCCGUGGCGAGGAUGAGGCCGACUGCGGCGAGAUGUGCAGCAUCUCCGAGUUCAAGUGCCGCUCCGGACAGCAGUGCAUCCGGCGGGAGUUCCGCUGCGACGGGGAGAAGGACUGCGGCGACGGCAGCGACGAGCUGAGUUGCGAGCAGGAGAAGGCCAAUCACAAUCGCAACCAGAGCCAGAUUCAGCCCUGGAGCACUUCGGGACGGGCCUGCCGGCCAGAUCUCUACGACUGCCACGACGGCGAGUGUGUGGACAUGUCGCGGGUGUGCAACAGUUUCCCGGACUGUGCCAACGGCCGUGACGAGGGUCCGCAGUGCGCCACUGCCUGUCGAUCCGCGUCUGGUCGCAAGAUGUGCCAGCACAAGUGCCGGGCCACGCCAGCCGGCGCCGUGUGCUCCUGCUUCGAGGGCUAUCGCCUGGACGCAGAUCAGUCGAGCUGUAUGGACAUUGACGAGUGCCAGGAGCAGCAGCCAUGCGCCCAGCUGUGCGAGAACACGCUGGGUGGCUAUCAGUGCCAGUGCCAUCCGGACUUCAUGCUCCGCCAGGAUCGUAUCAGUUGCAAGAGCCUUCGAUCCGGCGCCACGCUGCUCUUCACCAGCUUUAACGAAGUGCGGAACAUGAGCGAGCAGCCGGUAAUGUUGUCGGUUGCCUGGUCAGCGAAUGACUCACGGAUCGCCGGCUUCGAUGUGGACAUGCAGCGGCAGAUGAGUUACUUCUCCUCCGACGAAGAGGAUGUGCUCUAUCAGUUCGAUAUGCGCAAGAAGUUGGUCGUGCGCGCCUUGGGUCUGCCAGCACCCACGAAAGUCUCCCUGGACUGGGUCACCGGCAAUGUGUAUGUGCUGAGUGGAGCGCAGGAGAUCCAUGCCUGCAGCUUCGAGGCGCGCAUUUGCGGCAGGAUAAUGCAAGUGAAGAGUCCCAAGCAUCUGAAACACCUUUCUGUGGAUGGCUACCAUUCCAAGAUCUUCUACAUAGCGAUACGCACGGAGGGCUUUGGCCAGACCAGCUCGGAGAUUCACAUGGCCAGGCUGGAUGGCAGUCGCCGGGAUAUGCUCCUGCAGAGGAGCGAGAGCUAUAUGACAGUUCUGACCACCGAUCCCCACCAGCAGCUGCUGUACUUCGUGGACCUGCACAAACGCACCCUAGAGCGGAUCAGCUAUAGGUUUAAGUCGCUGGGACCACAACGCAGACCGGAGAUAAUGCUGCAGAAGUCCAAUGCCCUGAUGCAUCCCUCUGGCUUGAGUAUGUUCGAGAAUAAUGCCUUCAUCGUGAAUCUGGGCUCCAUUGAAGCGGUGCAGUGUGCGAUGUACGGAUCCCGGGCCUGCAAGAAAAUCAAUCUGAAUGUGCUGAACGCGCAGGACAUUGUGGUGGCCGGCAGAUCCCGUCAGCCGCUGAAGGACUCGUACCCCUGCCUGCAUGCCCACUGCCAUGGGCUGUGCCUGCAGGGGGACUACGGAUACGAGUGCAUGUGCGGCAGCAUGGUAGUGGCCGAGGGCGAACGGUGUCCCCAUGGCUCCGGCAGCGAGGUGACCGUGGGCACCCAGGGCAACAGCCUAGAGCUGCAGCAGCAGCUCCAGACGGGCAGCCACUGGCUGAUGGCGCUCCUCGUACUGGCCGUUGGAUCACUGGUCGCCGGAUUGGGGUACAUGUACUAUCAGUACCGGCAGCGCGGCCACACGGAUCUCAACAUUAACAUGCAUUUCCAGAAUCCGCUGGCGACGCUCGGCGGCACCAAAGAGUUCCUGGAGCACGAGCGUUCCGAGGCCGGAGUUGGGUUCGCCCCGGGAUCGGGUACGGGCUCCAGCCGGGGCAGCAACGACACGUUCACCACCACCAGCGCCUCGUCCUCGUUCGUGCCGACUGCACUACAGCGAUUCCUGCGACCAGGAAGGCAGUCGUCCAGCGAUCCGAUGGCUCAGGAAUUACUUCUCGAGAGCCCCAGAGAAAACAGCCUACACUCGCUGGACGGAGGACGGCAAGGAGGCGGAGGCAGUCGGCAGGUCCCGGACAUACUGGUGGCAGAUAUUGACGACGAUGCCGCCAAUUCAGCUGGACAAUUCGGCGGAAGUCACGCCAGCAAUAAUGCGAAUGCACGAAUUGUGCCGUAAAUGAGGGACAACCCCAUCCGGAUCAGUUAUUUGUCAGUUAUAGUUGUUAAGUGUUAGUCGGUCUUGUUAUCACUCAAUGUAUUUAUUAUAGCGUUGUAAUUAAUAUCGUAUUUAUAUGUUAAUCGGUGAUUGGUACUGCUUUUUAUGCUGAUAUAUUUUUCAAACAUGGCUAAAUAAUAAGAAGUUAAACAAACUAAAAUUAAAGUGUUCUAAUUAUUA